CUCCUCCUCCUCCUCCUCCUCCUCCUCCUUCUUCUCCUCCUCCUUCUCCCUCUUCCCUCCUCCUCCUGCCGCUCCUCCCGCCGCCCGGCCCGGCCCGGCUCCGCUCGCCAUGGGAGAUGUGGUCUCCACGCACCUGGACGAGGGUCGCCGCCAGCACAUCGCGGAGAAGACGGGGAAGGUGCUGGGCGAGUUCUGCCGCUGCUACAAGGAGCAGUUCGGGGUAGCUCUCUUCAACAGCGUGCGCUAUGAGAUCGAGGGCGCGGGGGGCCCGCAGCCCCAGCUGCUGCACCGCAAGGUUCCACUGGAGGACCACGUCAUCUACUCAGGCAACAUCUUCCAGUACAUCGAGGAGAACAAGAAGUGGAGGAACCGCUUCUGCGUGGUGCCGCACAACUACGGGCUGGUCCUCUACGAGAACAAACUGGCCUACGAGCGGGAGCUGCCGCCGCGGGUGCUGGUCAACAGUGCUGGCUACAAGAUCCUCACCUCCGUGGAGCAGUACCUGGAGCUGGUCAACAACAGCCUGCCUGGUGUGACCCCGAAAUCCGGGCACUCUCCCAUGCUGAAGUGCCCCACGGAUUUCCCGCUGAUCCUGUGGCACCCCUAUGCCCGGCACUAUUAUUUCUGCGUGAUGACGGGCAAGGAGCAGGAGAAGUGGCGGGCGGUGUUCCAGGACUGCGUGCGGCACUGCAACAACGGGAUCUCCGAGGACUCCAGAGUGGAGGCUCCAGCCUUCACGGCCGCCAUCCGCAUGUACCGGCAGUGCCGGGAGCAGUACGGCACCUGGGACAUGCUCUGCGGGAACGAGACCCAGGUGCUGAGCAACCUGGUGAUGGAGGAGCUGCUCCCCGAGCUGAGGAACGCCAUCGGCCCCCGGCUGAAGGGCAAAGCCCCGGAGCGCCAGCGGACCUGGAUCCAGGUGUCGGAUGCUGUCUACAGGAUGGUCUAUGAGCUGGCCAAGGCGCAGUACGACGCAGCAGUGGCCAGGUGUGAGCAGGAGCGGCCGCAGCUGGAGAGCACCAUCCGCACGGACAUGGACCAGAUCAUCACCUCCAAGGAGCACCUGGCCAGCAAGAUCCGAGCCUUCGUCCUGCCCAAGGCAGAGGUCUGUGUCCGUAACCACGUCCAGCCCUACAUCUCCUCCAUCCUGGAGGCCCUGAUGACCCCCACGAGCCAGGGCUUCGCCGAGGUGCGGGAGGUGUUCUUCAAGGAGGUCACCGACAUGAACAUGAACGUGGUCAACGAGGGCGGCCUGGAGAAGCUGGUGGAGUACAUGGAGAAGCUCUCCCACCUGGCCUUCCACCCCGUGAAGAUGCAGUCGUGCUAUGAGAAGAUGGACCAGCUCAAACUGGAGGGUCUUCAGCAGCGAUUCGAUGUCUCCAGCACGUCUGUCUUCAAGCAGAGGGCUCAGAUCCACAUGAGACAGCAAAUGGACGAUGCCGUGUACACCUUCGAGACACUGCUGCACCAGGAGCUGGGCAAGCUGCAGGGCAAGGACGACCUGUGCAAGUCCAUCCAGCGCAUCCUCGAGAGGGUGCUCAAGAAAUUUGACUACGACAGCAGCACCGUGAGGAAGAAAUUCUUCAGGGAGGCCCUGCUGCAGAUCACCAUCCCCUUCCUGCUGAAAAAGCUGGCACCCACCUGCAAGGGGGAAUUAGCCAAGUUUCAGGAGCUGAUCUUCGAGGACUUUGCCAGCUUCAUCCUGGUGGAGAACACCUAUGAGGAGGUGGUGCUGCAGUCGGUGAUGAAAGACAUCAUGCAAGCCGUGAAGGAGGCGGCCGUGCAGCGGAAGCACAACCUGUACAGGGACAGCAUGGUGAUGCACAACAGCGAUCCCAACCUGCACCUGCUGGGAGAGGGGCUGCCCAUCGACUGGAGCGAGGAGUACAGCGGGCAGCCCGAGGCCGAGCCGGCGGCCGAGCGGCGCCGCAGGGCCAAGCAGGUUGUGUCGGUCAUCCAGGACGACGAGGGGGCCCUGCCCUACGGGGCCGAGGCGCUGCUGCAGCCCGGCUCCCCCGAGCCACGGGAGCCAGAGGAGGCACACCCCGGGGCGCCCGCCAGCCCCCCGGACGCGGUGAAGGAGAUCCGGGAGGCGCUGGCGCGGGAGAGCCUCGGGGAUGGCACCGGCGCUGGCACGGGAGAGCGGCUGAUGAACGGCACCGACGCCAGCGGUGCCAGCGAGGAGGGCAGCGAGCUGGCAGGGGAUGUCACACCGCAAGGUCCAGCCCGUGACGGGGACGGGGUGCGCUGUGCGGCAUCGCCAGCACCAGGAGCCGAGAUCCCACCGGGGCCUGGCACAGAACGGGCCACACCGGCACCGUCACCUGUCCCCGGAGCCGAGAUCCCACCGGGGCCUGGCACAGAACGGGCCACACCGGCACCGUCACCUGUCCCCGGAGCUGAGAUCCCACCGGGGCCUGGCACAGAACGGGCCACACCGGCACCGUCACCUGUCCCCGGAGCUGAGAUCCCACCGGGGCCUGGCACAGAACGGGCCACACCGGCACCGUCACCUGUCCCUGGAGCCGAGAUCCCAGCAGGAGCCGGGACACGCCGGGCUGCACCGGCACCGCCUGUGCCUGGAGCUGAGGUGUCGUCAGGGGGGCAGCGUGCCACACCAGCAUCGUCACCUGUUGGAGCUGAGGUCCCAUCAGGGACUGGGAGAGAACGUCCCGGACCAGCAUCACCUGUGCCCAGAGCUGAUGUCCCAGCAGAACCUGAGGUGCCACACGUCACACCAAGAUCAUCCGUACCAGCUUCCCCCGUGUCUGGAGCUGAUGUCCCAUCAGGGGCUGAAGUGCUACACGUCACACCGAGGUCACCUGUGCUGGCAUCACCUGUGCCCAGAGCUGAUGUCCCCUCAGAGGCCGAGGUGCCACACGUCACACCGAGGUCACCCGUGCCAGCGCCCCCCGUGCCCGGAGCUGACCCCCCAUCAGUGCCACAGGCCCCGGCAGCACCAGCCAGCCCCCGAGAGGCCAAGGUGCCCCCUGUCACAGCAGCGCCAGCCGCAGCCCAGGGCCCGUCAGCAGCGUGUCCCCAGCGCAGCGACAACGAGCCAGGCGAGCAGGGGGAGCGCGGCCCCCCGCAGCCCGGGGGCUCCACGGAGAGCGGUGGGGGGCUGCAGACUGAGUUCUAGCCCCAGCCCCCUGCCAUGGACUGGCCCCGGGGACGCUGGGGCUGGGGGAGGGGGAUAGGAGCCCCCGGGAUGGAGAGCAGCACCGCGGGAGAGGGGAGGGGAUGGGGACACCCAGACCUUCGUGCCUAACGGGGGCCUGCCCACAGCCCCCGCUGGGUCGGACCGGGGGUGGCCCCAGCCGGGCACGGGGCAUCCCCUGCGCUCUGCUCUGUCCUUCUUCUGCCUUAUUUUCUUUUCUACUGAGGAGAUGCUUUACUGAAGAGCUUUGUCUGCCCCCCACGCCGGUGCCUGGGGCUGCCCGCGGGGCUGGCACUGGCCUUGCUGAGGGUGGGUGUGCGGGACGCUCCUGGCUGUCCGCGGGGUUGUCCCUGCCCCAAUCCGGGGGUUUCCCUGGGACCUGCCCGCUGCCAUCCCCCCCCGGGGGGGUCCUGGGAGCGGCUGUGGGAGCGGGGGCUGCAGGGGAUGAUGGAGAACAGGAUGGCAAACGGGGACACAGCCGGGACAGGAACACUGCAGGGCUUGAGCCACUGCUGAGGGGAGAGCGCUGGGACAGGCGUGGGCUGCUGGUGCCCAGGCUGGGCUUACAGCACCCAGGAGGGGCUUACAGCACCCAGGCUGGGCUCACAGCAUCCAGGCGAGGCUUAGAGCAUCCAGGCGAGGCUUAGAGCAUCCAGGCCGGGCUUACAGCAUCCAGGCCGGGCUUACAGCACCCAGGCCAGGCUUAGAGCAUCCAGGCCGGGUUUAGAGCAUCCAGGCCAGGUUUCUGGUACCCAGGUUGGGCUUAUAGCAUCCAGGCCAGGCUUACAGCAUCCAGGCCGGGCUUAUAGCAUCCAGGCCGGGCUUACAGCAUCCAGGCUGGACUCACAGCAUCCAGGCCAGACUUACAGCAUCCAGGCCAGGCUUACAGCAUCCAGGCCGGGUUUCUGGUACCCAGGCUGGGCUUACAGCAUCCAGGCUGGGCUCGCAGCAUCCAGGCUGGGCUCGCAGCAUCCAGGCUGGGCUUACAGCACCUAGGCUGGGCUUCUGGUACCCAGGCUGAGCUCACAGCACCCAGAACCCACCCCCCGCCAUCCUCACCCCAGGUUUUCCAGGAGCCAUUUUAAGUUCAGUUAAAUCUCUGGAGAAGGUGGCACUCAGGCCGUGUCCCUGGCAGGACUGGGAUAAUUCCAGGCUCAGCUCGCUGUGCAGUGGAGAGAUCCCAGCCCUUGCCCUCUGGCUCUCCUCAGCACCUUCCAGGGAUGGCUCCUCUGGCUUUGCAGAUUUUGGCUCCUGGCUGAGCAAAGAGCAGGGGUUUGCUGAGCCCCCCACGGGGAUGGGGACAGGACUGCUGCAGCCCCCACAGAGCGAUGCCAAAAUCCCCGGAGGCGCUGGGGGUCUGCAGGACUCCUGGGUGUGACAGCUGGAGCAGGGACCAGCAACCCGACACCCACCUGUGCUUAGGUGCCACCGUUCCUGCCCCAGAAGGGGGGUGCCCAGCCUAACCCACUCAGGGGGGUCCCCAAAGUGCCUCGGGAGGCCCCCCUCAAAGUGCCUUUCUCUGUGAACUUCAAACCUGUCUCUUCCAGGAUAUUUUAUUAAGAAAGUUAUACAAAUGUUUAAAGAUAUGCUUAUAAUAAUUAAUAAAAUGGAAAAGCUUUAUUUAAA